AUGGCUCAACAUUUGACUCAAGCAAACGACGUCUUGCUUAGAUGUAGAUUAGAACUAAUGGCUAAACAUUUGACUCUAGCAAACGACGUCUUGCCUAGACGUAGAUUAGAACUAAUGGCUCAACAUUUGACUCAAGCAAACGACGUCUUGCCUAGACGUAGAUUAGAACUAAUGGCUCAACAUUUGACUCAAGCAAACGACGUCUUGCUUAGAUGUAGAUUAGAACCAAUGGCUAAACAUUUGACUCUAGCAAACGACGUCUUGCUUAGAUGUAGAUUAGAACCAAUGGCUAAACAUUUGACUCUAGCGAACGACGUCUUGCUUAGACGUAGAUUUGAACCAAUGGCUAAACAUUUGACUCUAGCGAACGACGUCUUGCCUAGACGUAGAUUAGAACUAAUGGCUAAACAUUUGACUCUAGCAAACGACGUCUUGCUUAGAUGUAGAUUAGAACCAAUGGCUAAACAUUUGACUUAA